AUGGAGGCCUCGACCCAUAAUGGUUUGCCCAAACAACCCCUUGGAAAUCUAAUUAUGUUAUUUGUUCACUGGGACUUUCGAUAUCUUCAACAAUCAUUUGGCCCAAAUAUGAAAUCGUCUGAUUGCAGCCCUAACUACCCUGCUGACGACACCUCUUGGAGCCUUGGAGAGCACCUAGCAGAAGCUUUUGCAGUGCAGUCUGCUGCUGCAUUUACUGAUCUUCUCACAGAAGAAACGUCACACAAAUUAACACAACUCAGGAUUGAUUUAGCAUAG